AUAUCCGGGGUAAGGGAAGCAUUCCUUCUGUUUAGAGCAGCCCUGGAACUGGAACCGGAACCGGAACCAGGAGAGGAGGAAGAAGUCUAGAGUUUUGGUCCCGUCAGCUGCAGGCGCCGCCCGAGUUCUCCGCUCCUCCCCGAGCGUCCAGGCUGCGAAGGCGGCAGGCGGCGGCUCCUCGGGGCUGGCCCCGGCGCCAUGAAGCUCUAUAGCCUCAGCGUCCUCUACAAAGGAGACUCCAAAGCCAUCCUGCUGAAGGCCGCCUACGACGUGUCCUCCUUCAGCUUCUUCCAGCGGUCUAGUGUUCAGGAAUUCAUGACCUUUACAAGUCAACUGAUUGUGGAACGCUCAGAGAAAGGUAGCAGAGCCUCUGUCAAAGAACAAGAGUACUUAUGUCAUGUGUACGUACGGAACGAUGGCCUUGCAGGUGUGGUUAUUGCAGACAAUGAAUAUCCCUCCCGGGUGGCUUUCACCUUGUUGGAAAAGGUACUAGAUGAAUUCUCUAAGCAGGUUGACAAGAUAGACUGGCCAGUAGGAUCUCCUGCUACGAUACAUUACACAGCCCUGGAUAGUUAUCUUAGUAGAUAUCAGAAUCCUCGAGAAGCUGACCCCAUGACGAAAGUGCAAGCUGAGUUAGAUGAGACCAAAAUCAUUCUGCAUAACACCAUGGAGUCUUUGUUAGAACGAGGAGAAAAACUAGAUGACUUGGUGUCCAAAUCAGAAGUGCUAGGAACACAGUCCAAAGCCUUCUAUAAAACCGCCCGGAAACAAAACUCAUGCUGUGAGAUCAUGUGACCCCCAACCAGUGAUGACCCUGCUCUGGAAAUUUUGCCUGUCAUUCAUGUUGAGAACUGUAAAGCACCCAGGAAAGAAGAAACAGACUCAAAUCGUGUCCUGAAAUGGGAAUAUUCCAUUUCAGAUAUCAGCCCCUGGGAUGAGCUGAGGAGGGCAAGGUGGGAGGGACUUUGGGGAGAUGUUUGUAUGCCUAAGUGUAAUUUUUCACCAAAAGGAAAGAUAAUAUGAGCCUCAAAAAAGAUAAUAUUUGGGGGCAGAAUGAAACAAAAAUUCUCAAUGACUCCUGUAGGUGCUGAAGGGCUCAUUUCUCUGAUAAAUUUCCUGGGAGGGAUUUGAUGGGCCCCCUGACUUCUGCAAAACCUCACAGGAAAGUCAGGACCAAAUCUCUUCUUGAUUCUGGUUUUUUUGGUUUGUUUUCUUUUUAAUUUUAUUUUUUACAUUCAUUAUAAUAACACUAGAAGGAAGUAACUCCAGAUGAAUACUGUACAGUUAAAGACAAAUGGGAAUUUUGCCACCGUGCAGGGCUUGGUAGAGGACCUUCUUAGCAGUUGAUGAAAGUGAGUUCUGAUGACCCAGCCACACGUGGAUGAGGGUCCCCUUUCCUUCCCUUCCUUAGAUCAAUCAUGAAGGUCCUUUUAUUUUUGAGUAGACCCCUUACCAUCUUUGUCCUCAGAGAAAGUGGGAGCCCUCUCAAAAGAGAAAAAACUGAAGCCUUGAGGCCCUGACAAGUCAGUGGAGAAGUUUUAUAGUGAGAAACAAGGAACAUACCUCAAAUAACCUAAAACUUCUUUGGACCCUAACAAGCUUUGUUUUCUACCUUGUACAUGUGUUCCCAUUUCUUCCAGUGCUGCCUUGUAGUGAGGCCCAUGACCUGUCCUGACAAACUUGUCCAUAAAGUUCUCUAGAACUCAUUCGAGGUGGGGAGGUCUAUGAGAGGAGCUCAGAUAUACUUAAUGAUGUAAACGAGCAGUGGUUAUCCUACCCAACAUAUCUAGAAAUGAAGCAAAGGAAAGAAAGUAGGGCACUUUAUUAAAGCUGGUUAAUUUGAGGAUAAUCAGCUGUGGGUAUCAUUUGGGGGUAGGGGACCCAACCAGCAUUGCAUCUUGAGCAGCCCCUCACAGCAUUGCAGUGAUUUGACAUAUCUUGAAUAUUACAAUUCUGAUCCAAAAUAGUGUGUUCUUUAACCACUUUUCCAAAUGAUUUUUUUUUUGCACUGAAAGUUAACCUUAGUUCUCUUACCCUUCUGGCCAUGUGACUGCCUUAGGGACUUAUCCAUUUUGAUGAGUCUUAAUAGGAGAAUGUCUUUGAGACUCCCAUACUGCCAUCUGCUGAUUUAUACCGGGAAAAGUGUGCCAGCUAUGCCGUGGCAUAUCUGCCCCUGUCCUGGGGCUGGCAGACACAUUUAAGAGGCUCCCAACCUGGCAGAGGCAGAGUGCCCAAUCCUCUGUAAAUGCUGAGGAUAUUAUCUGGCUUCCUUUGUGCUUAAAAGCACCUUUUUGUAUGAACAUAGGCCAAGCUCUGUGGCCCUUUCAGUGUCUAGCUGCCUAAAUGUAACACUGACUUAUUCAGCAUUAACAGGAUCUCGGCACUCGAUUUCUUUUGGCCUACUGAACUACACUUGCUUCUAGCUGUUGCUCCUCGAGGGCUUAGACUUACCCUCUUCUUCCCUUAAGGUAUUAAAAGCAAAAGUAGUCAGGCAACCAGGCAGGAGUGCUCAGGUGAUCAGAUUAGGGUAUUAGGUCGUCUUAAGCAGUCUUGGCCCCUGGACAGAUGUUUGUUGCCACGUCUAAAUAGGAUGUAUAUGAGCUGCUUUUUUGUUGUUGUUGUACAGUAUUUUCUGUAGGCAGAGUAAUUCGUGUGCCAGAACUGGGCUGCAAAAGGAGAGUCUAAACUUGUUAAUGAUAUCCAGUCACCACAGAAGCCCUGAGUCAGCAUGAUCCUGCAUCCUCUGAUGAGCAUCUUUUAUUUGAGUAUUAGUUGGACCUUGUUCCCAAGAAAUUACUUCCCUUGGCUCAGCUUGGUGAAGGCAAAGGCCAUAGAGGGUCUAUACUAACUGUAAGAUAUUUGGGCCCCAGAUAGUGCACUGAGUCAAGCGUUCUUUAGCUCUGUGAACUUUUUUCAGGACUAGUGUCAUCUUAAAUAUCAACUGGCAUAAAACUCACUGGAGAAUUUAGGUUAUUGAGGGGACAAAUUCAACUGUAAGUGUUUUAGUGGAUACCACUUCCUUAUAGUUGCAGUUGGCAACAAUAUUUCUCUGGAAAUUAUGCUGGCUGAUAGGUAACAGUACCUACUACAAAAUUGGCCUAGAAAUAUUAUUCCUCCCUCUUGCCACAAGAUGACAAUGCCAGUACCGAUGAGUGGGGUCACCUGCAACCUCAAGUUCAUCAGACUUUUCAAGGAGCGCCCUUGGUGGCUGCCCAUCCCAACCCUGCUAAAACUCCAUAGACUUAUGGCCAAAAAAUAGACUUUGUACUCAUCUUCGUCACUUGGCUAUUUUUUUUUUUAAUUUUUCAGCUCUAACUCAAAUUAUUCUUAAAUGUGAGGGAUAAAUGCCAUUCUGGUUUUGUCUUUUUUCCCCUUGGUUAUCGUUCCAAGAGUUGAAAACUGCCUUGGAAUGUGACAGGAGACAGUACAAGAUCUUUAAACUCAGUCUAAAGCUUGUGCUACAGUAUGAAUAGAGAGAACUCACUGACUUUGAAAACUAAGAGAAAGCAAAAUCUUUCACCUAUAACUUGGCCUCAGCAUCUCUACUAAGCAUGACUUUGGCAAGCGAGAGGCGUGGCCUAGCUAGCAGGAUGCCUUUUGGAAGGGAGGGUGGGAGGAUACUCUUCAGCAGUGGUGUCAUGUUACUUGGUCCUUUCUGUGCAUUAUUGUAGCUUCUUGUUUCUUUAACUUAAUGCUUUUGUUAAACAUUUAUCAUUUGGCAGAGUGUAAACAUUUAUCAUUUGGCAGAGUGUAUUUUAAUAAUCGCUAUCUACUUCUGUAUGUUCUGUUUGAGAGAUUCCUGUCUGGAUAAAAGUUGUCUUGAAAUUUGAAAA